GUUAAAGUCCCUCGCUCCGGACCCUAAUGCAAAGCAGUGCGGCCACGCUGUGCAUCACACAGGCUAAAUAUCCAGAAUAGACAACAACGCUGUACAUCAAAAACACAUUCUCUUGGUUACCAACUAGCACCUUCUCUAUAUCACAUUUUGGGCUUGUUGCCCUCCUGGCGGUCUGAUUGACUCCUGAAGCGUUGGAUUCAAUGCCUCUUGGCUCCGGCGCAAUAUCAUCCCCGAGUUCGCUACAAACGCUAGCAGACGCCGAACGCAUCUCACUACUGUUCCCCCCACCGAAAGAGUAUCGGGAGAAAGUCUUGAAUAUACCAUCUAGUACUCGCUCGUCUCGCCUCGUGAACCCUUUUGAGCAGACGUUUCCGGCAGCUUCCAGUGGAGGGGUGCAGGAUGCCUCUCUAGUAGCCUGUUUGCCCUCCUCUUCUAGUGUUUUCCCCCCUACGCCUCCUCCGAAGAAUGAACAGCGUAUAUCGCAUCAUCGUCGCAAAUCUACCAAAGAAUUGGUCUCUCUAUACGAAGCCAAAGAGAGUCAAAGCAAACCAAGUGGACCACGCAUAAAUCCGAAUCCUGCACAGUCUGCUCCCGACUCGUCUCCUGAACUGGACUUCCGUGGAAGAUACCGGAAUCAGGGCCUCGGUGGCAAAUCAGCUAUGUCAGAGUCUAGAACUAGAGCCUCAUUCCCAGGUCGAGAAUCCAUACGCAACUUUCUUGGGGCGUUCAAUAUUGCAAAGAGAUCUAAAGAAGCGCCACGAGAAUUUGUGGUGUUGAGGGACAAGGGCAUCCUGAGAGAAGCCCCGAUCAUGCCCAAGGUCUGACUGUUUCAAUACUUUGGCUAUACGGGAGUUAAAAUAUCUGACGUCACCGUCCACACCACGAUGGGGCA